AGUACCGAGGAGAGAAAAGGGCGUUCCGCUCCCAUCCCUCGACAGAUGAUGGUGGACUCGCACCUGCGGAGCUUCGCUCACCACCCGCCCUCGUCGUCUGCCGCGCCUCACAGAGUCAGGAUCCGGAGUGGGACUUGUUCCCCGCCUGGAGUAUGUUCCGGGGAGGGAUGCGCCGCGAGCCUCUCUCUCUCAGCACACCGGUCCUGGAGGGUCGCGGGCGGCUCGGGCUGAUGCGUUUGACUGCCGGAGACACGUGGAAGAAAUAAAGAGAAGGGAUGACUCGCUCCUAUUUCAGGCUCUUAGGCGCUUUACUGACGUAUUUCAUGGAGAGCGACAAGUUCGGAGCUGCCAAGGAGCACGAUCCCAGGUCCUCCUCCAACUUGUCCCCCUCUGACUUCCUGGACUCGCUGAUGGGCCGCACGUCGGGCUACGACGCCCGGAUACGCCCCAAUUUCAAAGGUCCACCAGUGAACGUCACCUGCAACAUUUUCAUCAACAGCUUCGGGUCCAUAGCAGAAACCACCAUGGAUUACAGGGUGAACAUCUUCCUGCGGCAGAAGUGGAAUGACCCGCGGCUGGCUUACAGCAAGUACCCGGACUCCUCCCUGGACCUGGACCCGUCCAUGCUGGACUCCAUCUGGAAGCCGGACCUGUUCUUCGCCAACGAGAAGGGCGCCAACUUCCACGACGUCACCACGGACAACAAGCUGCUGAGGAUCUUCAAGGACGGCAACGUUCUCUACAGCAUCAGGCUGACUCUGAUUCUGUCCUGUCCCAUGGACCUGAAGAACUUUCCCAUGGACGUGCAGACCUGCACCAUGCAGCUGGAGAGUUUUGGCUACACCAUGAAUGACUUGAUCUUCGAGUGGCUGGAAAACGGCGCGGUGCAGGUCUCUGACGGACUCACGCUGCCUCAGUUCAUCAUGAGGGAGGAGAAGGAGCUGGGAUACUGCACCAAGCACUACAAUACCGGAAAGUUCACCUGUAUCGAGGUGAAGUUCCACCUGGAGAGGCAGAUGGGCUACUACCUGAUCCAGAUGUACAUCCCUUCCCUCCUCAUCGUCAUCCUCUCCUGGGUGUCCUUCUGGAUCAACAUGGAUGCUGCGCCGGCCAGAGUGGCGCUGGGCAUCACCACGGUUCUCACCAUGACCACCCAGAGCUCCGGCUCCAGAGCGUCUCUUCCGAAGGUCUCGUACGUGAAAGCCAUUGAUAUCUGGAUGGCUGUGUGUCUGCUCUUUGUGUUCGCCGCGCUGCUGGAAUAUGCCGGGGUUAAUUUUGUCUCCAGGCAACAGAAGGAGUUCCUCCGCUUGAGACGGAGACAGAGGAGGACUCACAAGGACGAGGACAUCAGCGACGGCCGCUUCAACUUCGCGGGCUACAACCUGAGCCUGCCAGCGAAAGACGGUUCCGCCGUUAAAAACGCCACCCCGACCCCCAACGCUCCACUGUCGGCGGUGAAAGAUGUCGACACCAUGAAGAAGAAGUUCGUGGACCGAGCCAAGAGGAUCGACACCAUCUCCAGAGCGGCCUUUCCUCUGGCCUUCCUCAUCUUCAACGUCUUCUACUGGGUCACCUACAAGAUCAUCCGACACGAGGACAUCCACAAGAAGUGAAACGCAAGACUGCAGAAGAAACUCUUUCAGGGAAAUCGUACAACCUUCAGGCACUGUUGUACUGCUGCAAUGGUUCUAACUCAAGGCUUGGUAACGUUCUGAAGAAGACGGCCAAAUGUGUUUUUAACUCUGCCUCGCUGUCGCUCAAACAUUCCAUGAAUUUGUAACUUAAAUGUAGCUGGUUAGCUUUGCAAAAAAGAUUUCUUACUGAGGACUUUUAUAUCGUAGCGUUGUCAUGACAAUGUUUACACGACAGAGGGACAAACGUGUGUGUAACUCUGGGACUGGAUGGCAGCUCAGGUCGGACCAGGUCAGAGUCUGGACUUCUUCUUCUGAAGCCUCAGGUUUGAUUGUUUCGGGCGACACCAGAUCUGCUGCCCUGAAAAUGAUCCUCAUCCAUCCAUCUGUAGUGGAUCAUCUUGGGCUGAGACUCAUGAUCUCAUCAUCUUCAAAAUAGCAGUUGCUCUGGGCCUGGUCUCUGAUGGAUGAUUCGCCCGUGCUGGUCUGGAGAAAGGGAAGCUCUGGUCACACCUUCAUCAUGAGCCUCACUGUUGUCCUCCUGUUCCUCAUCUCUAACCUCCCUGGCCCAACUCUGUCUCUCCUCUCCACAAACCAUCUGUCGUGCCUGACUUUGUCUCCAAACCUGUCCCUCUGAUGAAGACAGUUCUGAUCUUGUGUUAUCUUCCUCUCUGACUCUGACUCCUGAGUUAUGAUCAGUGACCACUGCUGCCCACUAAAGCUUCACAGUCGUCUCCACCCUGCUGCACUCUCUUCUUCACCUCCACCUCCUCAGUAGUCUCACCACCAAUCACCAUGUCAUCAGCAAACAUCAUGGUCCAUGGAGACUCCUCCCCGACCUCUGAGUCUGACCAUCAUGAUCACAAACAAGUGCAAGUCAAUGAGUCUUCCAAGAAGAAAAUCUAAUGAUUCUUGAAGAGAGAGAGUAGCUCAGUCUCAGAAGACCUCAUGGCUGCAGACCCUCGCUGAUGAUCAUCGCUUGGUCCUACAACAGACUCAGACUCUGCUGCCUCGGAAGAAAGUUCAGUAAAUAAUUACGAUGCCUCAAUGUAGUCCCUAACCUCCAGACUGGAUCCAGUCAGUGGAACCCAACAGUCCCCCUGGUGACGGCAGGACCUGACUAGAGCAGGUGCAACGUCCUGAAGGUCCCUGAUGCCACCAAACAGCUGCAUUUGCUCCAUCAUGAUGAGACUUCAUUUGAUGAGAUCUUUCACUCUUCGGACCAGGACUCUGGUUCCUGGUCCUGUCUUCAUCGUCUCCUCUUCAGGACAGUCGGUCCUCACUUGAAACUGUGAACACGUCACUGUUCUCCAAACGAGAAAACGCUUUUGUAGAGUUAGAGGAAAUAUUUACUGUAGCAGGGACGACCACCUUAUGAACUCUUCAUGUGGACUUUCACUUUCUAUGUUUGGACUGAGACGGAUCUAAGUGUCUGUGU